AUGAAACGAAGCAGCAAGAAAGCCUACGACAUUAUCAAACGAUUGAACAAUAAUCCCACACAAAAACCCACUAACCCUACAACAGUGACACCUAAUCAAAUAGCUCACAACUUACUAAUGAAUGGUAAAAUCAAGGUGAAGAAACCGAUACCAAAGAUCAUAAGAUAUAAGGAAAAUGAAAAUAGGGGACUAGGAGGCACCUUCUCAAUCAUAGAAUUAGAAACUGCCAUGAAGUAG